CAUUAAAAAAGUACGCUAGUGCACCGGCUAGCGAGAUCGUGAACUUUUCCCACACAAAACAAUUUUGAAGAUUUUGCACUUCUCAAUCGACAACCGCAAGAACUUUCGACAAACCACCACCAACAACUCCCCAAAUACCGUAAUCAUGGGUCGCGUUCGUACCAAGACAGUUAAGAAGUCCGCCAAGGUCAUUAUCGAAAGAUACUACCCAAAGUUGACUCUCGAUUUCGAGACCAACAAGAGAAUCUGUGAUGAGAUCGCCAUCAUUGCCUCCAAGCGUCUCCGCAACAAGGUAAAUGAAAUCUUCAAUUGAGCGAAUUUCGACAAAAGAUCUAAUAAUCGAUAAAUAGAUCGCCGGUUACACCACCCAUUUGAUGAAGCGUAUUCAACGUGGACCAGUCCGUGGUAUCUCCUUCAAGCUUCAAGAAGAGGAGAGAGAACGUAAGGAUCAAUACGUUCCAGAGGUUUCUGCUCUCGAUGUUUCCAGCACUGAGAGCGGACAACUCGAGGUUGAUGUUGAGACAAAGGAGCUCCUCAAGAGCCUUGGUGUAUGUAUUUUGCGCAAUGCGAAACUUAAUGUCUUUUCUAAUAUUUUAUCAUAGUUCGAUUCUAUCCCAUGCAACGUCACCCCAGUUACUCAAGCACAAACUACCGAGCGUGGACCAAGACGAUUCGGCGACAGACCUGCCCGCAGAGAAUAAAUUUAUGCAUUUACAAAGGGUAUGGGGGAUUUUAUUCGGAAACACAUGGAUCUGAUGGCUACUGGCGUAUAAAAGGACAGGAAGUGUAUACAGAUCAAUGUGAGAGAAUUCCUCCCAAAC